AACAAUUAUGGCUUCCAACAACAUAAUAUUCUUCUUCCUCUCUCUCCUCCUCCUACAGGCGGUUUCCGCCGUUGAUUACACAGUCACCAGCAACGCCGGUGGCACUCCCGGCGGCGACCGCUUCGACACCCAAAUUGGAGCGGAUUACUGCCGUCAAACACUGAUAGAAGCCAGUGGUUUUAUCUGGAGCAUUUUCCGUCAAAACACAGACGCCGACCGGAAAAAUGUGCGGAGUGUCAGCCUGUUGAUCGACCGAGAUUACGACGGAGUGGCGUUUGCUAGCAACAACCGAAUUCACGUUAGUGCUAAUUACAUCGCCGGCAUCACCGGGGACGUGAAGAGGGAGGUAACAGGAGUGUUGUACCAUGAAAUGGUACAUGUCUGGCAAUGGGAUGGAAACGGGGCGGCGCCCGGGUGGCUGAUUGAAGGGUUUGCCGAUUACAUACGACUGAAGGCGGGGUACAUUCCGGGGCACUGGGUUCAGCCCGGAGGCGGGAGAAGUUGGGAGGAAGGGUACGACAAGACGGCGAGAUUUCUGGACUAUUUGGAGACGCGGCGGAGCGGGUUCGUGUCGGAGCUGAAUCGGAUGCUCAGAAAUGGGUACUCUCCGGAUUACUUUGUGCAGUUGCAGGGGAAGCCGGUGGCUCAGCUGUGGGCGGAGUACAAGGCGGCGUUUGGGAAUUGAAGGAUGUGGUGUUUGAGUAUCAGAAAUAAAGGGAAAGUUUUUAAAUUGGAGUAAAAAUAAAUGGGUUUGUUGCCCUUGUGUGCUUUUAAAUUAAGGUAGUUUGUGUAAUUUUUAUUCCUAAAAUGAUAACGACUCUAAAUUUUUACUUAUUCAUAGUCACUACC